AGGAGACCUCAUGACUGCAGAUAUGAGAGGUGAAAAACGUUCCCCGAAUGAUUUUGCUCUGUGGAAAAAGAGUAAACCGGGCGAACCUUCGUGGCAAUCUCCUUGGAGUUUGGGCAGACCUGGAUGGCAUAUUGAAUGUUCCGCUAUGGCUUCUGCUAUCUGCGGCCCAUACUUGGACAUCCAUACUGGUGGAGUUGAUCUCAAGUUCCCCCAUCAUGACAACGAAAUUGCCCAGAGUGAAGCACAUUUUGGUAAUCCGGAAUGGGUGAAAUACUUUCUGCAUUCAGGACAUUUGACUAUUGCUGGAUGCAAAAUGUCUAAAUCAUUGAAAAACUUUGUCAGCAUACAAGAAGCUCUAUCAAAAUACUCUGCUCGUCAGUUGAGAUUCGGAUUUUUGUUGCAUUCAUGGAGAGAUACUCUGGAUUACAGUCAAAAUACUAUGGACAGUGCUUUGCAGUACGAAAAAUUAUUUAAUGAAUUCUUCCUAAAUGUUAAAGACGCCACUCGCAAUGCAACUAAAAAUACCACAUUUGACACUUUUACAAAAUGGUCCGAUCAUGAAUUAGGUCUAAAUAAAAAAUUGAUAAAAGCCCAGGAAAACGUCCACUUAGCCUUAUGUGAUAAUAUUGAUACUAGAACAGCUCUUGAUGUUCUUAGAGAUCUUGUUACAUCAGCAAAUAUUUAUUUGAGGGAAAGGAAACCACCAAAUCAAAGUCUUUUGUACGAUGUUGGUAUUUAUGUUACCAAAAUUUUGAAUGUUUUCGGGACAACACCUGUACUGCCAAAAAUUGGUUUUCCAACUUCUUCAGAAUCUUCAGGGUGCACAGAAGAUGUUGUAUUGCCAUAUGUUAGUAUUCUAGCCGAGUUCAGGGAUAAAGUUAGGUUUGAGGCGAUAAACAUUAAGGCCACUAAGAUAUUGAAGGACUGUGAUCAGAUUCGGGAUGAAAUUCUGCCCAGUGUCGGAGUAAGAUUGGAAGACAAAGAUGAUGGAAGUAGUGCAGUAAAACUAGUAGACAAAGAAACACUGCAAAAAGAAAAAGAAGCCAAGAAACGUUUAGAACAAGAGAAAGCUUUGGAAAAAGAAAAAAAGAAAGCCGAAUUGGCCGCUGCACAAGCUACAAAAGAUGCACAGAAGAAAAUUCCUCCCAGUGAAAUGUUUAAAGGAGAAACGGACAAGUAUUCGAAAUUUGAUGAGAAAGGCUUUCCGAUACUUGAUACUGAAGGCAAGGAAAUUAGCAAAGGACAAAUAAAAAAGUUGCAAAAACUAUAUCAAGCGCAAGAAAAGAAGUAUGCAGAAUUUUUAGCUUCUCAAAGUUAACAAAUAUUGAAUUAAAUAUGCCUUAAAUAAUUCUCGCCUGCUUGUUUGGACGAAGAACCAAAUCUUGUACACACGCUCUAAAAAUACUUUUUACUACUUAUAUAAUUUAUUUCCUCAAGUGAUAAAUUAGGCACCAAAUAACUUUAUUUUGAUCAUUGAAAAUGUAUUUAUUUUAAAUAGAUUAAGUUUUAAUGAUUUUGGCAAACUGAUCUUAUCAGUCAUGUCAAAAUCUCUGGCAAUUUUUUUUUUAUUAUGUGUUAGAAUCACAUUAUGUACUUCCAUAGAAUUAUUAUUUUUCAAUGGUAUAAUCAAUCAUAAUGCCAUGACUUUUCCGAUUUUCUGAUCGUUGAUAUUUGCUCUCUUUUUUAACAAUUAAAAAAACAGGUUACACUAGCAAUUACAUUAGAGUCUCUGAAACUUGAACUAAUUUGGGAUAAUAAUUGUAAUCGCACCUAAACAGCUUGUCGGUACAGAGACUAUUGAUCAUAUACCAAAAUAAUGAACGUACUAUUGACAUAGCGAGGGCCUUAUCCGUAAAUAAGUAUUAAAAAUCUGAAACAGUUCCAUACCUAUGUUUAUUUAAUAACCAUUAUUUAAUUUUUACUUAAUGGGUACUUAAUUUAAAUAAAAAUAUUGAAAAUGCUU